AUGGGAAAACACUUUGGUGAAUUAGCCAAAAUCAGGGGAUUGAUUACCUACAAACUGUCUCCACAUGAACAACGCGCCUAUGCUGGUGCCAUCUCAUUUGGACUUCCAAACCUUUUCCGCAGAUUUCGUGAAAAUGUGUUUAGAGUCGCUCCACCAUUCAUAGUUGCAUACCUAGUGUAUGAAGGAGUUGAAAGAGAGCAUCACAGGCGCAGCCGUAAAAAUCCCGCUGAUUUCGAAAAUGAUGAAUGA